UCCCCUCUUCGGGCCCGUAUAAAAGUCCGAAUGUGUCGAUCCAGCCGACACAACUGUGAAAGAUCGUCGGUGAAAGACGUUCUCCUUUGCGACAUCUACCUCUCGGUCGCCGCGAAAUUCAACCAUGUUGCUCCACCUGGCCACGCUACUAUUAGUAGCUUGUACAGCGGGGGUAUAUUCGAAGCCAGCACCGGAACCGCCCAGCUCCUACUUCCCCCCAUCGAAUGGAGGCAGUUUGUCGUCCGGUAAUUACGGUCCCCCCUCGCUUCCAGAUCGGUACGGGCCGCCCCAGCAACAGCCCGUCGUCCACAAACACGUUUACGUCCACGUGCCGCCUCCAGAAGCUCCGGAGUACAAACCGCCGAAAUACAUACCGCCCGCGGCACCACCGCAGAAACAUUACAAGAUCGUGUUCAUAAAGGCGCCGACUCCACCAACGCCAACGGCACCGGCUCUGCCGCCAUUGCCGCCCCAAGACGAGGAGAAGACUUUGAUCUACGUUCUUGUGAAGAAGCCGGAGGAAGCGCCAGAAGUGGUUCUUCCCACUCAAGCGCCAACGCAGCCUAGCAAGCCGGAAGUCUACUUCAUUCGAUACAAGACACAGAAAGAAUCUCAAAACGUGGAGUAUGGACCUCCAGCACAAUCGCCCCCUUCGGAUAAUUACGGAGCUCCACCAUCAAGCCCUGGCGGACCUUAUUAAAUAAUUUUAUUAGGAAUGGUCUACGAAUCUUUUAUGAAACAAAUAUUAUGAAACACGCGAAUUAGAGAAAUACUUUUUCACUCUGAAAUUUUCAGUAAUUUAAUCGUCAAAAGAGUACAAUUAUAAAAUUUUUAUAGAGUUUUCAAUUAAAUUUAAACGAUUUGCUCAUCUUUGCAAAUAUCUGCAUGUUAAAGAGAUUUUUCGA